UGCUCUUCUGAUCUGAACGAUGAGGAGCAACGAGAGGAACGCAGGAGGAGAACGAGUGUCCGGUGAGGGAGGGCACUGCACGUAUUGUCCAUAAAAAGUGAUGGACAUGACGAAAGAGUGAAGAAGGGCAGGUGCGGACGGACAGGUGCGGGGGGACAGGUGAAAGCUGGCCGUACUGUUUUCUCUGGGCCGGCGCAUGCUGCAGCAGGAGUGUUUGGGCGGAUCAGCAGCACUGCAGCAGAAGAGCGCGCGCGAGAGAGAGAGAAAGAGAGAGAGAGAGAGAGAGAGGACAGAGACAGAGCAAGGGAAGAGGAAUAUUUACCCCUGGAAAGAGCCCAGACUGCCCCAGCAGGUGCAGAUGGUGGGAGUUGAUUUGCUCCGUGAGAUCAGACACUGCUGCAGUUCAGAGUUAAGCCUGGAUGCUUACCUGAAGUGCAAGAAAAAGUGAGAAGGCAUAUUCUCCCUUCCCCUGCCUGUUCUACAAUCGUCUCAGACGCAGCAUGACUGUUGCGACCGGUGAUCCUGUAGAUGAAGCGGCCGCUCACCCUGGUCAGCCACAGGAUGUUUAUGACCCCGAACCGGACCAUGAGUGCUGCGAGAGGGUGGUCAUCAACAUCUCGGGUCUGCGGUUCGAGACGCAACUCAAAACUCUGUCACAGUUCCCAGACACUUUGCUUGGGGAUCCAAAAAAGAGAAUGCGCUACUUCGACCCACUUAGGAACGAGUACUUCUUUGACAGGAACCGGCCCAGCUUUGAUGCCAUUCUCUACUACUAUCAGUCUGGGGGGCGGUUGAGGCGGCCAGUCAACGUAACAUUGGAUAUUUUCUCUGAGGAGAUCCGCUUUUAUGAACUCGGGGAGGAAGCCAUCGAGAUAUUUAGGGAGGAUGAAGGUUUCAUCAAAGAAGAAGAGAAACCCCUGCCAGAGAACGAGUUUCAGAGGCAGGUGUGGCUGCUUUUCGAGUAUCCAGAGAGUUCAGGUCCAGCCCGGAUAAUCGCCAUCAUCUCUGUUAUGGUCAUCCUCAUAUCCAUCGUCAGUUUCUGUCUAGAGACACUGCCCAUUUUUCGCAAUGAGGACAUAGACGUGCACAAAGCCUAUCCGGCCAAUACCAACUCCACGGGCAGCUACACAUCCACCUCCUUCACUGACCCCUUCUUCAUCCUGGAGACACUCUGCAUCAUUUGGUUCUCCUUUGAGUUCCUGGUCCGCUUCUUUGCCUGUCCCAGCAAAGCAGGGUUCUUUGUGAACAUCAUGAACAUCAUUGAUAUUGUGGCCAUUAUCCCUUACUUUAUUACCCUGGGCACUGAACUAGCUGAGAGCCCAGAAGAUGGCCAGCAGGGUCAGCAAGCCAUGUCCCUUGCCAUUCUGCGUGUCAUCAGGCUGGUGCGAGUCUUCAGGAUCUUCAAGCUGUCUCGGCACUCCAAAGGCUUGCAGAUUCUGGGCCAGACACUCAAGGCUAGCAUGAGGGAACUUGGGCUGCUGAUCUUCUUCCUCUUCAUCGGAGUCAUCCUGUUCUCCAGUGCUGUGUAUUUCGCCGAGGCAGAUGAAGCAGACUCGCAGUUUGUUAGCAUCCCCGAUGCCUUCUGGUGGGCGGUGGUCUCCAUGACAACUGUCGGAUAUGGAGACAUGGUACCCACAACCAUUGGAGGCAAGAUUGUAGGGUCCUUGUGUGCCAUUGCUGGAGUUUUGACCAUUGCACUGCCCGUACCCGUUAUUGUGUCCAACUUCAACUACUUCUACCACAGGGAGACGGAAGGAGAAGAGCAGGCGCAAUACCUCAAUGUGACUAGUGUGCCCAAGAUGGAUUCUACAGAAGACUUGAAAAAGAGCCGCAGUGGCUCGACCAUGAGCAAGUCGGACUACAUGGAGAUCCAGGAAGCCGUGAACAACAGCAAUGAGGAUUUCCGUGAGGAGAACCUCAAGACUGGCAACUGUACUCUUGCUAACACUAACUAUGUAAACAUCACCAAGAUGCUCACUGAUGUAUAGCUGCCUGGAUUUGUCUUUCUAGGGGAGGGAGAGUAGAAAACCUUUUGGGAAGGGAUUAACCACCCUUGCUUUAAAGGCUUUAGGAGCCUAAACUGCCAGAAUAUCUGGAGAGGAGAUCAGAGUAGAAGCUAUCGGAGGCGAAGGAUUGAUAGAAAGGACGUCUCCAUUGCUUUCCCCACCUUGUCCCUACCUCAUCCAACAUGUUUGGAGGGUAGUGUCCUGCAUCUCUGUUUUUAAGUGUCUGCAUGGAGUUAGUCUUAUCUGUGUUGACUGUUGCAGUAGUUGUUCUGCUUGUAAUGGUAGCCAAAACGUAGCCAAACCACUAGAAACAGUAGCAUAGAGAGAACGUUCCUGUACCCUCUACUCCCUCCAACUGCCAACUAGUAGAGGACUUUUCCUCUCCAAUGGAAACGAGUCCAAAGAAUUAGGACACCUUUGGUCAGUUUGUGUCUGUGGGGAUGAUUUGUGAAGGAAUAACAAGAUCGGAGAGUGGAGUUUCUCUGCGAACACGCUUAAGCUUACUGCCAGUCCUGCCAGCUUUCCACAUGUGAAAACUUAAGGAUAUUACAUUCCUGGACCCUUUGGGUAGAAGGCCUUAGUCCUGCUCUGUUUGGCCCACAGUGAUUGUUAGCUCUGUACAAAACCUUCCUUCUCUUUCAUGGCCAUGUAUUUCAGUAGAAGGGAAGGGGCAGGUACACAUACUCAGCAACCCAAGCCUCUCCAUCCGUCGCUUGCUUUAAUGUCAGAAUAGGGUGGGAAAGUGGAGCGAAUGUCUCUCAGUGCAUUACUUAUUCAUGGCUGGUGUUUUAUUUCUUUGUUUCCUUCACUUGAUGACUCCCCUCCAGUUGUUGUACAGUAAAAAUGUGCACUCCUGGCUUGCAUGACGGAACUUGUUUUUCUCCUCUCUGUCUCUCUCUGUCUGGCUUGUGCCAAGCUCAGAAACCUAAGAAGCAAGCAGGGGUAACUGCAGAAAGUUGCAUUUGCUGUCCUUCCUCAUUAAUAUCUUCGCCCCUACAUAAGCUAAUGCAUGAUCUCCCCAUUUUCCAUCCCAUUCUAGCAUGUCGUUCUCUCUUUCCAGCACUUAAGAACUUCAUAGCAUUCCAUGUUUGUACAACAUAUCACAGCUGCUGUGUUUUAGUCGUCUUUUUGGGUUUGGGUGAGUUAGAUGGGAUGUGGGGGUUAAUAUUUUACUGUGCAAAUAGCUAGCUCACUGAUACAGGUCACCAAAGAGACAACUCACUGCCACUAUACAUUACUUGCAUUUUCUAAAUUAUUAUUUUAUGUUUCAAACUGACUAUUUUCAUGGUGCAUUUCUGCUCAUAGUCUGAUGCUGGAGAACUUUGGUGAAACCUGUAUGGGGAGAAAAAACAUGCUUCCUUACGACAGCUUUUAUAUGAGAUAGGAAAUAUUCUACUGCUGUAGUAGUGCAUGCAUGGUAAACAUUCCUUGUAGCAUGCAUGAGGUAAGAAUAAUACUUACUCACAAAUCUAGUAAUAAGUAUUCAUAUCUCUAUUAAUAUAUAUAUAUUUUUCUCUGUGAGAUUAACGGUAUGUGCAAUAUAUAAAUAAUCAGUGUUGUUUUUAAAAAGUUGUGAGAUUUUGCAUACGGAUUUUUAUGUUGGUACCACAUAGUUCGGAGUACUAGUGUACCAGUCCACUUUCAGGGUCUAACUGCAGGAAGGUUGUCUGUUUCUCUGUUAGAUUUAACAGCACAUAUAUGUGGUUUUAUAACGAGCUGUUCAAAGCACCACAUCUGGAUAUGGAGAAGAAUAGAGAAAGCCAGUUGUGAUUUUUCCCCAUGUUGUGAUUUUUCCCCGUUUUGACCACCUUUGAUAAGUUUGUCUAAAUUCAAAUGCUGGAGUUCUUGUUUUGUCCACAAUAAGGAUGGCUAUUUUGGCAAAUCGUUGAACAAGGGACCCAAAUUUGUUUUGGGAACAAGAAUUAUUUAUUCUGGAUGAUUCUAAAUUCUUUUGUAAUGUUAAGAUGCAGUACUUGCUAUAGAAGUGCCCUGGCUCUUAAUAUUAGGGAUGCUGAUUUUAGGUACAUUACCGUUCCAAGUAUUUUUAAAAAAUGGACAGAUUUGCAAGCCUUGCAAGUCAAAUAUCAUUGAAGGAUACAAAGACAGGGCCUAUGGAAGUAAGCUUCCAAGCUGAUACCCCUAAUUUGAACAUAACGUAAGCUUAAACGUUGAAUACCAAACAAACCCAGCAUGUGAUGCUUAAGUGACUAAGCUUACAUCUCUGUAAAUUCACUGAGGGCCAAACCCCUGUGUGGCAGACCACUGAAGCACAACUGAACCCAGCUGUAAAAUGCCACUGCCUCUGACAGCACAUUUUCCUGCCACUGUUUAUGUGUGGAACAGCGCUAAUCUUAUAAACUCGCCUAUGUGAGGUUUAUUCCUCCGGUUGUGUGGAGUGCUGGCUCUGGAUUCCCCUUCUACUGCCAUAUCCCAGAACACGGUGCUCUGUCCAAACACCAUUCACUCUCAGAGGUAUCACACCCUCCUAGCAAAUGUGGUGGAAAUGGUUGAGGAUAAUCACUGGCUAAGACUCAGCCAGAGGAGCAAAUGAUACUUCUGCUUUAUUUGGAUGGUUCCCUUAAGCUGAAGGGUCAGAUGCUCAAAUGGUUAACACACCCAGCUGGUUCUCAACAGUGUUAGGAUUAGGACAGGCCUUGAAGGGAAACAACAGUAAUGAUAAUUCACGUUUUAAUCAUUUCACCAAAAUCAUUUUGACAUUGCAUUCCUCAAUCUCAUAUCAGUGGCAAAUAUUUAAACUGUAAACUGUUGAUACUUCAGUACACUGAGUGGUGCUGUAUGCUUUUAGCAACAGUUAGCUAUUUUCAGUUAGCUAGUUUGCUAGCAUUAGGUGUUUUCAGUUAGCAAAGAUGGCAUUUGCUUUUCUCUGUUACCAGAGUUGGCUAACAUUAAAUAUUUUCAAUUAGCAGUUAGCACAAAAUAGGGAAAACAGGCAGAGAAAUGGUUAAUUAGGUUAGUUUUGGUUUAUGCAGCAGCAGCAUCAUCAGGAGGGUCACUUCAUGAGGGUGAGGUUUGUACAGCAUAGUACAGCAUGAAACUCAGUGGUGGUCAAAUCGUUCCAGACGGCUGGCGAGUGGUCGGCACCCAAUCAAGGCAGAAAAAGCAACAGUAUCAGACCCACAGGAUGGGCAGCUGUUAAACUCAGCAAAGAAAAGGAAACACACAGAGAGUUAGUUCUGUAAAGAGUGACUGAUCACAGAUUACAGUAUUAACAGAGCAGCAGAGACUCCAGCAGGUCUAGAUAAUACUCUUAAAGGGAGAAACCAGAAAGGCAGCCUGACAUGAAGGCUCCCUGAGACGUCAGCGUUCCUCCACUCCAAAAUCAGCAAACUUUAGUGGACGUGUGAGAGGAGCGGGACUACAGCACCAAUGCUCCCAGUUUACCAUAAUACUGUAUGUCCAUGAACCCCCAGAUCUGCACCUUUUAUCUAACAGGGAAAACUAAUUACCAAAAGCUUGACUAAACAAGUUUUCAGCCUAGAUGGAGGCUGUGUCUGAGUCCCGAACACUGACUGGAGGAUUAUUCCAAAGCUGGGGGGCUUUAUUAGAAGGCUCUGCCCCUGAUGUAACUUUAUUAAUUCUAGGCACUAAUAGUGAGCAGCACCUCAUGAUCUAAGUAGAUGUGAUGGUUCAUAGUAUGAGAGAAGUUCUCUCAGGUACUGAGGGGUGAGUCCGUUUAGAGCUUUAUAUGUCAGUAAAAGAAUUUUAGUUGGCAAGCAUCAUGAAUUUUCAGUAGGCAAAGUUUGAGAUGCUGAAAGUGAGUUAAAGACAAGUUAAGCAUCUACAGUGUACCAUCCAAAUAAAGUGUUAUCCAGAAGACUCAGCUGAUCUGUGGUCUUGCUUAAAGUGGCCUCUAUCACAGACAGUUUGCCUGAACUCCACUCUCUGCAGCUGAAUGUCAUGUAGCUUUGUGUUUCACAUUGUUUUUCAUAGUUUAUUUUGCAGUCCAGAACAGACUUGCUCUCGCACAAAACUAGUAGAUGACUUGCAUGGACUUUGUGUUGUGAAAAGACAACCUUCUUGUGAAACAUGUUCAUUCCAGGUUGCUUUGUAGCACUAACAAGCCUUUUUUAAAUAAAAUAAAUAAUGAAAAUAGAAAACUGAGGAGAUAUCAGCUAGUGGAGCCUAUGGUUUCCAGGGGAACUGUGAUAGUUCAGAACUAGUGUUUAAGAGUUUUUCUUUUCUUUCCAUGCUCACUCUUGUUCCACUCCAUCUAUUCCUCCACUGUGCCAUUACACUCCACUCGCUCUGAGUUUGCAGAAUGUAGCUUCAGGGUAACAGCCUGUAUGUAUGUGACUGCAUGCAAUAUUUUUAUUUAUUUAUUUAUUUAUUUAGUGGACUGAAAGUCUCAGAGUCCGGCCUAGCAAGGCUGGAGAAAAGGACGCCGGUCAAGGUUUAUAGAGAUGUAGUCCAUAACAUCACUUAACAAGUACCAUAGCUCUUGUUCAGAUGUAGUAUCUCCAUAGCUGCCUCCCUAUAUUGGAGUAUAUUCCUACUAUAUGACACCUGCAAAACCCAAGAAUUUUAGCACACUGUAAAAAAGUACAUUGCUUUAAUUCAGACAUGUCUACAUGCAUAAUGUAAAGUGCAUCAACACAGGUCUUACCAAACACUAACUAAAUUGUGUUGAUGUAUUUUAUUCAUGUGGACUUGCAAAAUGCAUCACUUUUUUCAGUGCAUAUAAGCUACUUCUAUAUACAGCCAUGUGACGGUGUUGUCAAAUGCUUUUAUUCAUGUCUUAAAUGCAAGCUUUAGCUUAAAAUUGCCUUCGCUAUGCUACACGUCCUUAAUAGACAGGAAUUCACAGUUGCAAUAGUAGCACUACUGAAGGCCAACAUUCUUGACUCCUGUUUGAACAUUUAUAAAGGCUUUUAUCAUUCCUUAUAAAGGCUGUUUCUGUCAGUUCCACAUUAGAACAGAUUCACUUAUUGGAAAAAGUUGGUACUCUUUACUGUACAGAUCAGGAAUGAUUGGGUAAUGAUGUGGUGAUGUCAUGGUAACAAAGUGUACUUAUCUAAAAAUAACAUGCUAAUAUUAGACACUAUUUAAAAAGAUGGUUCUUUAGUAAAGGUAAUUGUUCUGUCUAGGACUGUGAGAUCUAGUUUAACCCAUUUCAUGCUUAAAUAGUUAAAAUAGUUCUUGGUUCUGUAUAGCACCAGAAAGGAUCCUUCUAUUGUAUACACCUUUUAAAAAGAUGGUUCUUUAGGGGUUCUUCAGUAAAGGCAAAGGAUUUU